AUGGAAGAAGUACAUGACUUCGGUGCACAGCCAGACCGGCCGCGCAAAAGGCGCCGUCGCACCAUGGCAUGCACCCAAUGCCGCAGUCGCAAAUUGCGCUGCGACCGGGAGUAUCCCACAUGUGGCCGCUGUCUAAAAAGCAGAGCGCCCACCAAGUGCACCUACGAAGAUGGCUUCUUGUGGCAGCAGCCCACCACGGUGUCGACAACUGCAUUUGCUUCGGACCGAGGAUCCACUCUAGGAAUGCCCCAGACAGAUCAGAAUCUCCAGACGCCCCCGGACUCGGGUUUAGGGGCGCCGUCGAUUCGGUCGGAAGCACUCGUUUCGACAACCCUGCCCGACUCGGGCCCAACCCCCUCUGAUGGUCCGCGCCAUCCUCGCAGACAUGGCCAUGGGAGGGAGCGUCGCGAUUGUUUCUUGGAAACUGUUCUCGGUGCGCCUAAAGCUGCCGUUAAUCAGGAGCCUUACGUGAAUACAGGCCUCCUGCAACGCCCGAAACGUGUGCUGCCUGAACCCGAGGCGGACUCUUCAGCGCAGGUCAAUAGCGAGAAUAUUAAUGGAGUUGGCCUCGAUAACCCCUUGUCUCCGUCCCAUCAGUUGGACCUUCAGCCUCGCAUUAUGAUGAGGGGUCGCGAGACCAAGACCCGCUUCAGCGGCUCCGGAAUCUAUGCCAAUUUGGUGGCACAAUUCCCUGACAUCAGAUCUUUCGCCGAGGAAAUCCGUCUGUCAAACCCGAUUUUGUCUCGGGUUCGUCCGGAUCUGGAGCGAGUCAAGCGAGGACUAUGGAAGAGACGUCCACUCAAUGAGCCAUUCCCAGACCCAACCACAGUAUCAUUGAUCUCCUUGCUCCCAACACGAGCUGUGGCCGAUGAGCUUAUAAGUCUGUAUCUGACCUACAUCGAAUCGACUCAACGGAUCAUUCAUGUCCCGACUUUCCUUCGGGAUGUCGAGGAGUUUUGGUCUAGCUACGACAACCCUUCCAUCCAUUCCGCUGCAUUCGUCGCACAACUCCUCCUGGUCCUCGCAUGUGCGUGGAACUUUGCUGAUGUGACCAGCCUCCAAGAGAAAUCCCCGACGCCUCUUAGAUGCUAUACCGCUUUGGAGUGGGUCUUGCACGCCGAGAAAUGGAUUACCAAUGCUCGUAUCAAACGGCCUGAGAUCAAUACGUUACGUUUAUACAUCUUACUGAUCACCGCACAAAAUUCAUUCGGCAUGAAACGAAGUCAGGCGUGGAUAGCCACCAGCCAGAUGGUCAAGUCGGCCAUGAUGUCAGGGUACCACCGAGAUCCGAGCAAGUAUGCCCGGAUAUCUACUUUCAACAAAGAGAUGCGCCGGCGCAUCUGGAUGACGAUCGUGGAGCUGGACCUCCAGGUUGCCAUUGACCGCGGCAUGCCGCCAACUGUUCAGGCUUCUGACUACGAUACCCUUCCUCCAUUAAAUAUCAAUGACGAUGAGCUCCAUGAAACUACCAUCGAAGCCCCAGAGGAACAUCCUAUAGGCGAUGCUACUGAUUGUUCUUAUCAAACUGCUCUUGGCCAAUCCCUUCCUGUUCGGUUGAAAGCGUGUUCACUUAUGCACUCUCCGCGACUCAGCUGCCGAUACGAAGAAAUCCAACGCCUCGAUUGGGAGUUGACCCGGCACCUCUCCCAGAUCCCCACAUGGUACUCAGCUGAAGCUAGCGACCCUCUCACGCAACAAAAGGUGACGUUGUGGAAAGCCUCGAUUGAGAUCAAGCUGGCGCAUAGCCUGCUCUCCGUGCACACACCUUUUGCUAUCGAGGCCCGUCACGAAGCCUUAUUUGCGCCAUCUGCGCGGUCGCGACUGGAUGCAGCUAUCAUGAUUCUGUCCACGCAACGUCGACUGCACGAGACCUCGCCCAUGUUAUCACUGUGCAUUCUUGGGGAGUGGACGCUUCAUGCAUUCAUUUCCAUCUGCCAAGUGUUGCACUCCUUAAACUCUCAAGCAUCGAGUGCCGCCUUCUCAACAUCCUCCACCUUUCAACUUGCCGCCCUACCAGGCUUUCCCGACUCUCUCAUGUCGCUCGUCGAGACCGCACUCAUCGCCCUGGAAGUCCGGUUUCUGUUGGUCGUCAAGGGCGCCAAGGACUAUUUCUUCCUUUCGACGAUCGGCGCGUUAGUGAAAGCGAAGCUUUGGCCAGCCCAAGCAAUGAUGUACAAGCAGCAAGUGGUGGAGCGAGUGCUAUCCUUUGCCCAGACGCUGUUCCAAAGACACGCGACCUGCGAGCACCUUGGGUCUCCGGGUAUGGGUAACUUCAAAGACAACCAAGUGGUUGCUUUCCUUGCAACUCCCGGCAUGCCACCGGUCAUGACCUCUGAUUUCAAUGGCAUCCUUCCACCGCCCAAUCUUGGCGUUACGCCGCCUGGAGAUUUCGAUCCCUUUUUGGAUGUGUUCGAUUGGGAUGAUCUGGCCGGAAUGCCGAUUUAA